UUUACACACUGAACACUCUCUUUCAUUCAAAUAACAAGUUAAAUGUCAACAUGACCCAAAUCAAGAACAUAUUGAAGAUUGCGACAACUUUGUUCAUUCUGUGCUCUACAGUUCUGAAACUAAGUUUUGCAUUUCCUUUAAGCUCAUCAAAUAAUCGACCGAUUAUUGGUGUUCUCACAGAACCAACUGAGGGGUCACAACAAUUAGGACAAGAAUAUAUUCACACAACCUAUGUACAUUAUCUGGAGAUGGCAGGAGCUCGUGUAGUGCCUGUAAGAGGCAAACAGCCAAAAGAAUAUUAUAAAGCACUCUUCAAUAAUAUAAAUGGAGUUUUCUUUCCUGGAGGAGCUGCAGAUUUAAUGAGUGGACCUUAUGCUCAGUCCGGAAGAUAUCUUUAUGAUUUGGCUAUCCAGGCUAAUGAUAGAGGUGACUACUUUCCUAUUUGGGGGACUUGCUUAGGACUUGAACUUCUAACAGUGCUUACAGCAAAGAAAAACUAUCUGAAAAACACAGAUACAGAUAAUAUGACUCUACCACUCAGGCUUGAGAAAGGUUUUGACCAAAGCAGACUUUUCAAAAAUAUGCCAGUGGAAUUAAUUAAAAUUAUAAGUACUGAACCUGUCACACAGAACAACCAUAUCUGGAGUUUAUUAACUGAAGAUUAUAAGAACAUUCCAGUAUUAAAUACCUUCUAUCAAGUGUUAUCUACAAAUGUGGGCAGAGAUAACAAAGAAUUUGUGUCCACAUUUGAAGGAUUUAAAUACCCAUUUUAUGGAGUCCAGUGGCACCCAGAGAAAAAUGUAUUUUUUUGGCCAAACAACCAAGUGAUAAACCAUGACUCUAAUGCCAUCAAAGUGUCUCAGUACUUUGCUAAUUUCUUUGUGGAUGAAGCCAGGAAGAGCUCCCACCAUUUUAACUCAAGUGAUACUGAAGCUCGUGCAGUUAUUGAAAAUGCUCUGCGUGUUUUUGUUCCUAAUUUUAAUGUCUAUGAAGAUUAUUUGUUUAAUUAUACAAAUAAUUAUUUUACAAAUAAAUUUAGUGUUAUAUCGCAUGGUUAAUCGCAUAUAAUAUUUAUUAUACCAUAUCAAGGGGUCUACUUAAAACAAUUUUUGUAACAAAUUUUUCAAAAAGUAUAAUACUUUUUUAAUAGUACCCGGUAUUUAAAAUGGAAAUUUUUUUUUAGUUCUUUCAAUACAUACAAUGUAACUAUGUUAAAAAUAGUAUAUUGUCUUAUGAUAAAGUAAUUUUUUAAAGGAAGUUGUUAUGUAUAGUAAUACUAUUCAAAGAUUUGAUAAAAUACCUGCAAAAUAAAUAUUACAGAUAACAUCAUCUUGUAAAUAUUACUGAGCCAUACAUUUUGACAUGUUUAAACAUUUUGAGACAAGAGAGGGACCUCUGUGGCAAAGUUUGUUGUGAAACUCUAUUUUAUUUAACAUACUAAGGAAAGCAUCUGUUUACUUUUGCUAGACCUUGGGGUAUCAUCCUAAAUAAUAUUUGGGUACCAGUUUAAAUAAUCACUGGUCAUUAAGUGUGCCUUAGGCAGCAUUCAGUUCCACUUUACCAGUAUUUACUUUUAUCUUUAUCUAAGCCAAUUUUAUAUAUAUGUUGUUUUUUUUUCUUAGAAAAAUUAAUAGUUUUACUAUUUAAUUGCUUUAUUUUGUUUAUUUACUUCAGAACAGUAAAUCAGUUUAUACUCCACCUAGUGAUAUUAUGUCAUUGAACAUUUAAUUAAAAGAAUGUUUUCUAUAA